AUGAGCGACUCGGAACUGAUUGUGCCGAUUGAACAGGCUCUUUGGCCAAAAGGCGUGGCACGAAGCUUGAGUGGUGUGUUGCGCAACCUUGGCGACAAACAUGGUAAUUUGGUCAUAGUUGCACAACCGGCCAAAGGGUACAUUAUGGUUAAGGGUCCAGCAGAAAAAAUCGAAGAAGCGAAACCAGGUUUGCGGGCCAUCAUCGAGGAACAUUUUCCUGACGCAGACUGUCCAGAGGAGCUCCUUGAGGGUCCCGUGGAGGUGAGCCAAGCUCAACCCGCUGAGCCGGCGCCGAUGCCGCCUGCGUCACCUGCGUCGCCUGCGUCACCACCAGCAUCUGCAUCUGCAGCUGCAGCAUCUGCGUCAGUGCAGACACGAAAGGCUCCUCUCUCGACGAUCCCGAAACAAGAGGGUGCGGAGAAGAUUGUCAUUGAAGGGACACCGUGCAUUGGACGAAAGAUUCGGCCGGCAUCUCACAGAGCGUCUCCAGACCUGCUGUGGGAGUGCAUUCGCAAAAGCUCUUGCUUUGUACGCCCUGGUGGUGUCAACAAGAGAAGGUUUAGUGCCGAGCCUGGGAACUUGCUGGGUCUCCACUCUCUGCAGUUCAGUGGUCUCGCCAAUGACAAGGCCUUGGAUGUUCGACCAAAGAAAGUAGGCAAGAAAGAAUCAAUCGAGCUGGUGCAGAGUGCUGCAAAGGCCUCCGUACGUUGGUAG